CGAGCCUGCGCGCAUCAUGUCCAGCAUCACUGCAGCUGACACCACGGCCCCUCUUCACCCCUACUACCCUAUCGGCAUUGCUCUCUCUGGGGAUGUCUUCGUCGCCAAUGAUUGGAGCGCGUCGUCGCUCGUUCUAGGCUUUGCUGCCGGGCUGGCCUCAAUUCUAGGCGUGGCUUGGUUGGUGAUGAUGAAGAUAAACCCGCGCCUGAAGGCUUCAGAUCGGGCAUUAGUGCUAUGGUUCGUCUCAACGGGGUCCAUCCACGUCUUCUUCGAAGGCUAUUUCGUUCUCAAUCAUCACCGAAUGGGAGGCAUGCAGGAUUUCUUCGGUCAGCUAUGGAAGGAGUAUGCAUUGUCUGACUCGAGAUACAUGCUCUCGGAUCCGUUCCUCCUCUGCAUUGAGACUUCCACAGUGAUCACGUGGGGCCCCCUUUCUUUCCUGACAGCGCUUCUCAUCAUCAGAGAGUCGCCAUACCGUCAUUCUAUUCAGGCCCUGGUAUCAACUGGCCAUAUCUACGGAGAUGGCUUGUACUUUGCCACCAGUCUACUCGACGAGUUCUACUCUGGGAAGAUAUAUUAUCGUCCAGAGCCGUUCUACUUUUGGGUUUACUUUGUAUUCAUGAACAUCUUAUGGCUCAUUAUUCCUGGGUUUUGUUUAUAUGGAAGUAUCAAGGCCUCGGCGGAGGCUUUUGCGAUAUCCAGCAAGGUGAGUGCUAGUAAAACCGCGAAGAAGAGGUCGUAGGUUAUGGCGAAAGUCGUGGAGGCAUAUAGAAAGGCCAGAGACUUGGAGGGAUGGCAUUAGAUUCUAUCGGUUCCCCUAGAACUGAUGCCUUCGAGACUCGAUGCGAAGGGCUAGUUGAAGGGGCACAACAUACUAUCAAAAGCGUUCAGUGUAUUCAUAACCCAGCCACGGAUUGUGAAGGACGAGCAGUGGAUUCGCCAAUAUCGAUUGAUCCCUUUCAAGUUCAGAUCAAGGAGCUCUCACUUCUCCAACUACUAUUUAGUCAUAGCACUACUUGUACACCCCUCACUGAGUAGACUGUCAACCUCAGUGUAUUGUCAUAUAGCCUGAGCUCCGAGCAGCAGGGUCAGGCUACUGCAACUCCCUAUCUUCACACAUGUAAUUCAUCACCUGUUCAAGCUAG